UGUAUUGAGUGAUCAUUGUAGUGCAUAACCAAAAAGGUAAAGGUGAUUUCAUUCACGUCGCAGUGUUGUUGGAAUAAAAUAAUGGAGGGGUAGAUAACGAAGAAAAAUGGCAGUAGUAGUGAAACAUAUGAAAUAGACAAACAAACAAAGAAUGUUGACACAAAUAGCGGAUAAACUCCACUUCCAGUCCAUUGUUUUCCCUCAUUGCACACGACUAGACCGUCUUCAAGCAACGCACAUAACGUAAUCAAUCAUGUUGUCACCACACCCCCAAGGCCUACCACCUGCCUCCUUACGGCUGUUAGCUAUGCUCUUUGCCACACUCUUCGCCUGCAGCAGCAUUUUGUGUGUAGAAGCGCAGCUAGCUGGAAAAAUCAUACAAGAUCCCUGUGUGAACAAGGCAUCCUGCCAUGAAUGUAUACAAACACAGAAUUGCGCUUGGUGCAUGCAACCUGAGCUGGGAGAUUCACCACGUUGCUUCAGAAAUAGUAUACUAAAUUAUUGCAAGGAGGAAUAUACCUGGAAUCCUCAAACAGAGCAACGAAUGGUGAUUAACCGCGAAUUAACGCGUGGCGGUAAUGCAAGCGCUGCCGGUGGUUAUGGUUAUGGCUAUGGUGGUUCUUAUGAGUCCGGUUAUAGUAGUAGCUCAUCGUCCAGUUCGUCGUAUGCAGGUGCUUAUGGUAGUGCAGCUGCCGCUGCCGCCUCCGGUGCCGCGGGUGCUAGCGGCGAAAUUGUGCAAAUUAGUCCGCAGCGUGUUAGUCUCAAGUUACGCAUUAAUCAAAUGCACUCCUUGAACAUGCGUUACUCACAAGCUGUCGAUUACCCUGUUGACUUGUACUAUUUGAUGGACUUGUCCAAAUCUAUGGAAGACGAUAAGGAUAAGCUGUCUGCAUUGGGCGAUAAACUAUCGGAGACUAUGCGUAAUAUUACAUCGAACUUCCGUUUAGGCUUCGGUUCAUUUGUCGAUAAGGUGCUGAUGCCAUACGUUUCAACUAUACCCAAAAAACUUGAAAGACCCUGCGAUGGCUGUGAGGCACCAUACGGUUACCGCAACCAUAUGCCUCUGAGUACAAAUACCUCAACGUUCACUUCCGAAGUGAGUGACGCUGCUGUGUCUGGCAACUUGGAUGCUCCCGAAGGUGGCUUUGAUGCCAUAAUGCAAGCGAUGGUUUGUCGUCAGCAGAUCGGCUGGCGUGAGAAAGCGCGUCGCCUACUUGUCUUCUCAACAGAUGCUGGCUUCCAUUAUGCUGGUGAUGGCAAGCUUGGCGGUGUGAUUACCCCCAACGAUGGUGAAUGUCACUUAAGCUCCGAUGGUCUUUACACUCACUCGGUUAUACAAGAUUAUCCCAGCAUUUCACAAAUCAAUCACAAGGUGAAACAAAAUUCGAUUAACGUUAUCUUCGCUGUCACCGCCAAUCAGCACUCCGUGUAUGAAAAGCUUUCGCAACACAUUGAGGGUUCUUCUAGCGCGGUGCUGUCAGAGGAUUCAUCGAACGUGGUCGAUCUGGUACGCUCUGAGUACAGCAAAAUCUCCUCAUCCAUUGAAAUGAAGGACAACGCCACUAGUCACGUGAAGGUGACCUAUCAUUCGGCGUGUCUAAAUAGUGGCUCCGAGAUACCUACCGCCAAAUGCGAUGGUCUCAAAGUUGGCGACGUUGUUAACUUCACGGCACAAAUCUUGGUCACUUCUUGCCCAACAGAUCCACGCGAAUGGAAUCAAGUCAUUCAAAUCUAUCCAGUUGGUAUUAAUGAAAGCUUGAUAAUCGAUUUGCAAAUGCUCUGCUCGUGUCCAUGCGAACGUCCCGGCGCCAUAGGCUAUGAGGCGCAUUCAUCCAAAUGUAACAAUCAUGGUACGUUAAUGUGUGGCAUCUGCGAGUGUGAUGACAUGCAUUUCGGUCACAAUUGCGAGUGUUCUACGAGCGAUGUGCACACAGGUAAAGAUAAUGAUUUGGGCUGUCGUCCGGAUAAUACGACACAAGUGGACUGUACCAAUCGCGGCACUUGUUUGUGCGGUGUAUGCGAGUGUGAGAAACGUCAAAAUCCAGAGGAAAUUAUUUCGGGCAAGUUCUGUGAGUGUGAUAACUUUUCUUGCGAACGUCAUAAGAACUUGCUUUGCUCUGGACCCGAUCAUGGCACUUGCGAAUGCAAUCACUGUGUAUGCAAGCCAGGCUGGACGGGUUCUGCGUGUGAUUGCCGCGCCUCGAAUGAUACCUGCAUUCCGCCAAAUGGUGGUGAAAUCUGCUCCGGACAUGGCGAAUGCGAAUGCGGUGUGUGCAAAUGUAAAUCUACCGACGAGGGCCGAUAUUCUGGCAAAUACUGCGAGAAAUGUCCCACUUGUGCAGGACGCUGCCACGAGCUGAAGGAUUGUGUGCAAUGUCAGAUGUACAAGACUGGCCCACUGAAAGACGAGAACGACUGUGCCGUUAAUUGCACUGAUACUUUUGUGCCCAUAGGCGAGGAGAAAAUCGUAAUUGAUGAAGAGAAAGAUGAACAGCUUUGUAUAUUCUAUGAUGAAGAUGACUGCAAAUUUACAUUUAAAUAUAGUGAAGUGAACGACAAAAUCGAAGUGCACGCACAGCAAGAGCGCGAAUGCCCGCCCAAGGUGUUCAUGUUGGGCAUUGUAUUGGGCGUCAUAGCCGCUAUCGUCUUGGUGGGUCUGGCCAUAUUGCUUUUGUGGAAAUUACUAACAACCAUACACGAUCGCCGUGAGUUUGCACGCUUCGAGAAGGAGCGCAUGAACGCCAAGUGGGAUACGGGUGAGAAUCCAAUCUACAAACAAGCCACCUCGACUUUCAAGAAUCCAAUGUACGCUGGCAAGUAAAGUACUUUAAUGGCUUUUGCAGCAGAGCCGGGGAAGGAGCUGUAAACUAAUUAAUACAUAUUUGCUCGGGCAAUGUUGCAUUGUUUGAGUUACGAAUUUCUCUCUAAUUGCCAUACGUUAAGGAGUUUAUGUCAAACGGAGCGUGCAUCUAAGUGAAAAGUAAAGAAAAAUAUUUAUUACAGAAAGGAACGCAUAUGUAUAUCUUAAGCUCUUUUUGUUUAGUAUUUAUGCGCACCUAAAUGUGUGUAUUUAAGUGCACGUAAAUGUUGUGUGCUUUAGCAUGUGUAGUGAAGGUAUUUUCUAAACAGUAUACUGCCAUUAAUAUAUACAUAUUCACAAAUUUAAAUGAAAGAGACUUAACAACAAAUAAUGAAUGUGCCUUGGAAAUAGACAUACUUAUGCACCUACAGUGAAAUUUUUUGAAAAAAGAAACAAGUUUUAUACUCUACAAUUUACCUAUUCCGAUGGCAUAUAUCAAAUACAGUAAGCAAAACACAUGCAAACAAAUUAUAAACUUUGAAAGCCACAUAUGCAAGCAUUGCCUGUUUGCAACAAAAAGAAUUCGCACACAUAAACGAAAAUCCAUGAAAUUGUUAACGAAACACAAAACGAGUUAAUGUUUCAUAAUACAUUUUGUAACGAUGAUAUUGCCUAAAAUUAUUACUACGAGCGUGCCUACUAAACAUGUUUUUACUUAAAGUGAAAAGAUUUACAAAUUUCUAAAGUAAUUUUAUACAUACAUGUAAUUUAUUAUCAGAAAAGUCCAUAGAAAAAAUCAAGAAGAAUUCUUCAUCAUACCGACAAUUCAGAACAAAUGAGAAAACGAAUGUACUUUCAAAAAAAAUAAAUAGUCGUUUGCUGACUUAUUUUUUCUAAAAAGAUUAAUAUUAACUUAGUUCAUAAGUAUAUUAUAUAUGUAUGUACGUUGAAUUACAUACCGCUACAGGUGAGUCGGUAGCUGCCCCAAUUACGCCAAAUUGACACUUCGUAAAAUAAAAAAAAAACAUAUGAACCAAAAUUGCAAUAAGUCCAAAUGAGUAGAGAAUUUUUUACAAAACUUUACUAAAUCGUUUAAAAUGCAUAAAUGUUUCGCUACCAUUGAAAAUUUCGCUCCUUAGUUCAAGAGGUAACGGACUCUUUUUUUGUUAAUUUUGCGAAGCCUCGCAACUAGGAAAAUUAUAAUAGUCAAGACCCUUGAAAAUUCAUUUUGUAAUUUUGCUUAUAUUUAACUUUAAGCUGAUGAACAGUUUUAAUGUAUUAUUUUCUUUUUAUUGUUUUGACGACAUAAUUAUGUAUUUAUAUUCAACUUUUACUAUUAAUUUUGUACUGAUCAAUACAAGUAAUAUUAACCACAAGCGGUAACAAGCUUAAUAAGUAAAAUCGUAGUUGAUACACUUUUUUGCUAUUUAAUAUGUACGUAUUAGAAAAAUGUAAGAUCGACAGUUUCUUGUUUAGUGUGUUUUUAUUUUGAUAUUAAUAAAUUCUAAUUAAGUUAAAAA